AUGCCGUCCUUCAACAUCAAAAAGAAACUCAGAGCACUGGCCCAAAAAGCCCGAGAUACUCUCCAUGGACCUUCUAUGGCUGCACAACUUCUAAUAUACCACCGCUGGUGUCCCGCUUGUGAGAGACCAUGGACUUUUGACGGUGAAGUGUGUCCCGUCUGCGGACAUAGAGAACGAGAAUCGAGGCCAGCGUUUGAGAUAGAUAGAGCGGAACAGAGUAGUACUUGGUCUACUUGAAUCUGUUCUAUAUAUUUACACUUCUAUGUCUGACCAAAACAAUACAACCACUAAUAAAAACAACAAAAUCCCUCCCUCACUCCUCCAAAUCCCAUCAACCCAUCUAAAACACACCUAAACACAACUCCCCCAACCCUACAUUAACCCCCUCCCCCUUUCCCUAUCUCCCCUCCAAUCCACAGCACCAACACCAUACUAACACCAUGCCCUCCCUCAACAUCAUAAAAACCCAAAAAGCCCUCGCCCAAAAAGCCCGCGACGCUCUCUCAGCACGUUCUCCCUUCCGACACCAAUGGUGUCCCGCUUGCGGGAGACCCUGUAUCAUCGGCAAUGAGAUGUGUCCCCGCUGCGGACAUACAGAGCUUCGUCCUAGACUAA